CAUCCAAAACAGGUCCGCCUCUUCAAAAGUAAGAACGAAGCCACAUCCACCAACCCUACAAGCCCCACCUCACCUACAGGAAAGACUGUCACCUGUAGAGACAGCAAGGGUGCACAGAAAGGGAUGAGUGAAUCAGCACCAGAGGCAUGCAGAGACCCGCUUGGCAUGAAGCCGGAAUGGGAGGGCUUGAACCAGACGGAUGUGAGGCGUAUGCACACGGCGAUGCGACUCAAUGAGGUCAUCACAAAGAAAUCCAAAGAGGCAAAACUUGUCCUGCUUAACAUGCCGGGACCACCGAAGAACCGAACCAAUCAGACUAAUCCGAUGCACAACGCCAUCUACAAGGACUACCCCAUCUUCACAGAUAUACAAGUUAUGAUAUUCCUUGGCUUUGGAUGCUUGCUGGCAUUUUUCCGAUUUUAUGGCUAUGGUGGAAUGGUUUUUAACUUUCUGACUGCUACCUUUGCCAUCCAGUGGGCCAUUCUGGUGCAGGGCUACUUCCAGUUCUACCACAAUGGAAAGAUCCACCUUGGAGUGAUCAAUCUGAUAAAUGCAGAGUUUGCCUGUGCAGUGGUUCUCAUCUCUUUUGGAGCCGUGCUGGGGAAGACCAGCCCACUGCAGCUGCUGGUGAUGGCUCUGCUGGAGGUCCCGGUGUUUGCAGUCACAGAGUGGAUGGUGCUGAAGUAUCUGAGGAUCAAUGAUGCGGGAGGAUCUAUUCUUAUUCAUCUAUUUGCCUGUUAUUUUGGGCUGGGUGUCACAUUUGUGCUUUACAGGUCUGGUUUAAAAGAGGGCCAUAUUAAGGAGAACACUAGUUAUCACUCUGACAUCCUGUCUGUGAUGGGCACCUUGUUCCUCUGGGUGUUCUGGCCAUCAUUCAACUCAGCGCUCACCCUUAAGGGUGACGACCAGCACAGGGCCAUCCUUCACACCUUCAUCGGCCUCAGCGCCUCCACACUCACUGCAUUCGCUUUGUCUGCGAUGCUGAAUAAAAACGGAAAGCUCACCAUGGCGGAUAUUCAGAACGUGACGCUAGCUGGAGGGGUGACAGUCGGGGCUUCUGUAGAUAUGAUGAUAUCACCUGCGGUUGCAUAUGUGCUGGGUAUGUUGGGCUGCACUGCCUGCAUGCUUGGCUACAAGUACCUCAGCCCAUUCUUAGCAAGGCGCUGUAGGAUCCAGGAUCAGUGCGGGAUACACAACCUGCACGGACUUACAGGACUCAUUUCAUGUGUCGCAGGGAUAUGUGCCAUUUUGAUGGCUGACGAGGAGGUUUACGGUCCCAGCUUGUAUGAGAUCUUCUCCCACAGAGCUCCUGUGGAGGGAGACCCCAAGCUGCUAGAGCUAAAGAUGCUGGUUCCAGGUUUACAACUGGGUUUGGGAAGGACUGCACAGGAGCAGGCUCUGUUCCAGGUUGCAGCUGUGUUUUCCACAAUAGGACUAUCAGCACUGGGUGGCAUCCUGACAGGUUAUGUGUUGAAGCUACCUUACCUUGCAUCGCCUCCGGAUGACCUCUGUUUCGAUGAUGUGCUUUUUUUUGAAGUUCCCGCAGAUUAUAAUGCACCGCUUAAACAUGGCAACAACAUGACAUCAGAGGAUUCUCCAGCUCUGCAACACCAAAGACAUUCGACGAAGAAGAAGACGACGAAGAAGAAGAAGAAGAAGGAGACGGACGAAGACCGAAGAACCACGGCCUGCCUCUCGAUUCGCUUUUAA